UGUAUAGGAAUGUUUCGUACUUCAAUGUGUGAUAAAGAGGUUAGAACAGUCGUGUGAACAGUCGCGUGUUUAUAAUUCGUGUUUUCUGCAAACUGGAUGUGAAAUGCGAUGAAUUUGAAGUGAUAUCAGCGUAAAAAAUGUAUGCGAAAAUAUCGCACACGUUGUUUGCAAACAUUCGGUUAGUAUCGGGACGCAUUUUGCUGAAAUAAUAGUUUACACGGGGUUGACCCGAAAUCAAACAUGGCGGCCAUUUAUUUCUUCAUAUGGGCCGCUUUUGUUUGGAGUUGUAUGGAUAUUUUCAUACUAGCGCUAAGUGACGUUUGUCCGUCCGCGUGUCCGUGCUUGGGAGACUAUGUUGAUUGUAGUAGACUAGGAUUAAUCGAAGUUCCGAAGGACAUACCCGCCUGGGUUACAGACCUUGACCUGCAGUCCAAUGGCAUCUUGCAGCUGCAUCCUGAAGAUUUCAAAGGACUGGUCAAUCUUCAAACAAUUGAUCUGAGCAGUAAUGAGAUCUCCUUUAUUGACGAACGAGUUUUUGCCGAAUUGCCAUCACUAAGAGAAAUAAAAAUAAACAACAACAAGCUAACAGAAAUACCUAUCUUCAAACAAAACCCUGUCUUGGAACGUUUGGAAUUAACACACAACCAGAUCCACACCAUCAACCCUGUCGCUCUGCAGCAUCUGAAGAAGCUUGACUUGUUGGACCUCUCAAAUAAUGUGCUGCGAGAAGUGACCAACACUUCCUUUCCUGCCAAUCUCUCCCUUACAAAACUAUAUGUGAAGAAUAAUGAGCUGCUGUAUUUUGAAGUGGGUUGCUUGUACAACCUCACCAAACUAGAGCACGUGAAGAUGAGCAAAAACAAGAUCUCCCAUCUUCCUAAGGACAUCUUUGCAAAGUCCUCGUCCAUUAAAGUCCUGGACCUGUCAAAGAACAAGCUGACCCGGCUUAUGGGGCUCACUUUCCAGGGACUGACCGGGCUUCAGAGGCUCAGACUGCAGAGGAAUGACAUGCUCAUACUCGAGGAUGGCGUGUUCUAUGGCCUCUCAAACCUCAGGAACCUGCAACUGGAUGAUAACAACUUGACCACCAUUUCCCACUGGCUCUAUGGUCUGGAUAACCUCACAGAAUUAAAUGUGUCGGGCAACAAGAUCACGAGGAUUGAACCAAAGUCGUGGGAGUAUGCCCCCCACCUGACCACACUUGCCCUGCAGUAUAACCAGCUGGUGACACUUGAGUCUGAUUCGCUCUCGAGUCUCGGAAACCUGGUAUCUUUGAGUCUGGCCGGCAACUACAUCGAGUUUAUAGAGGAGGAUGCCUUCAAACAUGUCAAGAACCUCGUGUCUCUUGACCUGAGCAGCAACCGCAUAUCGUCGGUGAUCGAGGAUAUUCGUGGCGCUUUCAAUGGUCUGGCAUCCCUGAAGACGUUGAACCUUGAGCGCAAUCUGAUCAAGACGAUCACCAAGCAGGCGUUCAUGGGCCUGGAGAAGAUGGAGCACCUGCGUCUCCAUAGCAACAACAUCACCUCCAUACAAGGCAACGCCUUCGAGUCUCUGCCCAACCUCAGGGAGCUGAGUUUCAAUUCGAGCAGUCUGUUUUGUGACUGCCAGUUGUCAUGGGUACCCAUCUGGCUGCGUGACAACAACUUUGAGCGUUCCGUGGUUGCUAAGUGUGCACAUCCAGACAAUCUUAAGGGACGCAGCAUCUUUGCUGUGGACUCCAGUGAUUUCAAAUGUGACGGUCAGUUCCUCAAGCCGGAGAUCGUGUUGAACCCUCGCUCCCAAAACAUCCUCAAGGGUGAUAACGUAACAUUGAACUGCACUGCUGCCAGUACGGAGUCCAAGGGCUCACCCACGCAGUUCCAGUGGAAGAAAGAUAAUGUGAUCCUGACGAAUGUGAAGACCGAGGACACAGCCCAGCGGUCGGGCAAUCUGACCCACUACGUGUCAAGGCUGCACAUCUUGGACGCACGCGACACAGACGCUGCCCGAUACCAGUGUGUCAUCUCCAACGAGUACGGGUCUGCUUACUCAAAGAGGGCUAACAUUAAUGUGUAUGUUUUCCCGCGGUUCACGAAGCGCCCAGUGAACGUGACAGCCAAGGCCCAGACAGAGGCCACCCUGGUAUGUGCUGCAGAGGGCGAACCUAAGCCACUGAUCACCUGGCAGAAGGACGGGGGCUUCGACCAUUUUCCAGCCGCCCAGGAGCGUCGCAUGCACGUGAUCCCAGAGGACGACCACUUCUUCAUCAUGAAUGUCAAGGCUGCAGACGAAGGCAUCUACAGUUGUAUUGCAAAGAACGACGCCGGAACCAUUGUUGCCAACGUUACUUUAACAGUGCUUCAGACUCCAUCCUUUGUUCGUCCCAUGGAGCACAAGGAGACCCGAGAGAAGGAGACCUCAGUUCUGGAGUGUCUGGCCCAGGGCAGCCCCCAGCCGACCUUGACCUGGUUCCACAAGGGUCAGCCCCUUGAAUUGGGCCAACGCCACUUCUUCACUGCUGAGAAACAGCUGCUGAUAAUUGUUGAGACAGAGAAGGGGGAUGCCGGGGAGUACACGUGUGAGAUGUCUAACACCCUGGGGACCAUUCGUGGAACGUCCAAGCUCACCGUGGUGACUGGUUCAGUUGGAUCGGGAGGCAAAGAGGGGCCUUCGACCUCUGGUGGUGGUGGCACUGGGGGUCUUGAUGAUGAAUCCACUACCACAGGCAUCAUCAUCAUCGCAGUAGUGUGCUGCGUUGUCGGAACAUCCCUUGUGUGGGUGAUCAUCAUAUAUCAGACCAGAAAGCGCCAGGAAUUGUACAGUGCCACCCCGACUGAUGAGACCACCCUGCCAGGGGAGGGGCCCAGUUCUGGAUGCCUGUCUUCUGAUAAGGAAGGCAGCUACACGCACGGGGUACCCCUGAACGGAGUGGCUGGGUACCAGUACCAGGAACUGCAGACUAAGGAGUCGGGGUACGAGUCGUCCUCUGGUAGGUUCAGGGCCAUCAGGCCAGCCAUAUUCCCCAGUGAUGUGCACGGCGAUGAAGUACAUGAGCAAUAUGAGGUCCUGACACAGAAUGGCCAUUACAUAGCACAGUCAGAUGAAAACAGCCUGUCCAGUGAAGAAUACCAGCAUAGCGACACAGACUCGGUGAAAAGUGAGGAGAGUCAGAGUGUCGGCAGUUCACACUCCAGUCAUCAACGAGUUCUCUCUACAUUCCAUCCAGUUGCUGCCAGCCGAGAAAGAAUUGCGCGCUCGCGAUCGUGUUCAACUUCACAGAUACCCCGUGACGUACCUCUUGAUGACAUGGAGCUUUCAACAUAUUCCGCGUGUACGAAAAAUAAACCAAAUCUAGAUAACUCUGUGGCGUCACAAACGGAUGACAGUGACAUGGGUGAUGUCCCUUUUAAAAAAGUGAACAGUUCUACUUCAAUUAAUAGACUUAAUAAUAAUUCUGUGUGUAGAAACUGUAGUGAGUGUAAUUUGCCAGAUAGUUCAGUGUGUAUGCACAUGAGGCCCCCGUCCAUACCUCCCAAACCCUCUAGGCAAAGGCAUGGGCGACAUAAAGAGCACACACUCUUUGACAGGGCUCAACCCCCAGGCAUGUCUCGCAGCAGUAGUGAUAUACCAGACUACCUGUACAGAGGAGAAGACAUUCCCACAUCCCCACAUUCUCAUGUCCAUGAAUUCCAUCCACCUCCCCCACCACCUCUCUUGGGAUACCCCGCUGGCUUUUACCUAGGUUCAGAUUACGAUACCGGUGUAUGCGUGAGUGGUGUGCCCAGGGUGCCUAAUGGUGCUUUCGUCCCCGUGUAUCAUCCUGUGAAUACUCCGUGCGAGUGCCAAGUGCACAUGGCACCACCACCCCCUCAUUCACAAGUCAAAGACGCGAGUCAAACUCUUACAAACAAACCCAACAGUGCCAGUAAACUGAACAACCAUAGACUCAACGGCACUAAUGGGUGUGUCCAUCGUCCGGUCAACGGAGUGGUGGGCGUAGCCGGUCAGUGGCCAGGACACGCCUUCACCCUGCCCUAUAGACCCGCCCACUGGCAAGGCAACCAAUCAGUUUCCAGAUUGACCGCCAAGCAGCUUUUGAUGCUGCAGAAGCAGAAGUCGAAAACAAAAAUGCCGUCAAAACAAGAGCAAACUUCCUAGCCAAAAUCUGUGUAAACCUUAAUCUUUGUCAUCCUUCCAUUCAACCAAAAGUUGAAUACAAUUUCAUUGUAUUCACUAUACAUUUAGAUGUUAAAAGAAAAUAGCUAAUGUAAAUUUGAUUAAUGUAUUCAGAUCAUUUCAUUACUUAUGUUAACAGUACCGGUGUGUUUUUUUGUACUCAAAACCAAUAAAAUUGUUCCUGUUUUGAAAUGAACUUGUUUUAUUAUUGAAACUAUAAAUUUUCAGAUACGCUGUAAAACAUACUUAUGCUAUGAUUAUGUUCAGAUUUGUUUUGGUUGGUUUGCAAGGCCAGAUGAUCUGGCAAUAUGACUGUGAUAUUUUAUAUUUUGUUCUGGUGCAUUCAUGUAUUUAAUUUUAGGGCAAGGUAAGAGUAAAAUCCGUAAUUCUGUAAAUAGAGUUGUCUCUCCUUUGUUCCGAAAACCUAUUACAGUAUUUUUACCUGAUAACUUGUCUGCAAAUCUUUUGUAUUUAUAUUCCUAUGGUUGAUUGAAGAACUUUUGAGUCCAAGUCCUAUUCUAGAGUAUUAAUUUUAAAGAUUCGUUCUAAGGCCAUUCUUAACUGAAAUUGCAAAAUUGUCUAUAGUUUAAAAGUGUGUUAUAAGAAUUUCGCUUUGCAAUUUUCGCAUAAUAACUACUAAAUGUAUUAACACUAGAAAAUUUAUUGUUUCAAUAUUUCUUUUUUAUGCCCCUGGAUCGAAAGAUUGGGGGUAUAUUGUUUUUGGCCUGUCUGUCAUUGUAUGUGUGUAUCCCAAAACUUUAACCAAAACUUUAACCUUCAUCAUAACUUUUGCAAUAUUGAACGUAGCAACUUGAUAUUUGGCAUGCAUGUGUAUCUCAUGGAGCUGCACAUUUUAAGUGGUGAAAGGUUAAGGUCAAGGUCAUCCUUCAAGGUCAAAGGUCAAAAAAAAAUUCAAAGCGGCGCAUGAGGGGGCAAUGUGUUUCUGAAAACACAUCACUUUUGUUACUGCAGUAUUUAUAUACCAGAGUUUUAAGAUAUUUGCUGAUAUUCAACUAAAUAUCUAGGUGUUAUAACAGUUAUGUAUCUUAUUUUUGUCCACACUGUUCUUAUGGGAGACCGUGCUAUAAACUUUAUUUCAAACAAUACAGGUGAACAUAUUAUAUGCAGGUUUGAUUUUUUAUGGGAAAUAAUGUUCACACACAUUUUACCUCGAUUUUUUUUAAUGAUUUUUGAUGAUGUUUUUACCAUUUGCCUCUUUACUCCUCAUUUCUAUCGUACUAUGGUUGUGUCAUGAUUGUUUUAAUGCGGCAACUCCAACGGUUGUGUUCAAGAUUUGUACAUUUUUUGAAAUUUCGUUCCAUAAAUCAUCAAAAUAAUUAUUGUUUUUAUCUUGUUAAACUUGAAAUAUGAAAUGUGUAACAUAGUUAUAAAUAUGUAACAAAAGAGGUACGAAAGAUUGAUAUAAAAUGUUUAUAUUGUUAAGGCUAAAUAUUAUUUUGAGAGAACUUUUGUGUAUUUGACACCUGAAGCAAUUCAUUUAUUAAACGCUUGUUUAAAGCCAAUGUUCACUCAUUGGUUUUAUUUAAUUGUGUAAAUUUAGAUCAAUUGUAUGUUAUUUUUUAGAAAAAAGUUUGGUGUAUGUGAUUAUUUUGUUGGUAACAACCAUUAAUACACAUUAAGUAUUGCUGGACAUGUUACAUACUUAAUAAUUAUAUUUCACAAAUAAUAAAAGCAUUUUAAUCAAAUAAAAUUAAUUAUUAUCAUUUAUAUAAAUUUAACAUAUGGUGAGUAUACUUUUAUCGUAAAAAAGGUGUUGUUACAAAACGUUGUAUAAUUUAUGUCAUAUUGAUGAUGAACACAAAAUGUUAUUUGUAUUUCUUCUGCAAGUUAAGAUUGUACUCAGAUUUUAUGUUGAUUUACUCGUACAUCCAGUGGCUCGUGUUUCAAUAUUUUUAUUUUAACUUAAUACUUGGUGCUUUUAAACAAUCUGCAUUUAUUUGUUUUGUGUGUAUUUGACUCCUGAAAUCCAUAAUGUUUUAUGAUUCUGUUUAUGCUAUUUGUGAGGUUUUCCGUACAGCUGGGUAUCAAAGUACGCAAAUGCAAUUAUGGACAACAGCAUUCUUAGGAAUUUUUAAAUGACUUCCACAUCUAUAACAGUUAAAUCAUGGUGCCAGAUUAUGACAAAGAGUUUUUCAUCAUUGAUUGACAAAUAUUUAUUUGUGAAGUCAUGUAUUUGUUAGUAAUCUUUUGAAAUAAGUUUAAAUGUGGGUUCUUAAAAUUGUUUUUCUUCAAAAAUGUCAGUUUAUUAGAAUAUGGAAAUUUACAAAUUAACAAAUCUGUAGCCCUUCAAUUCAAUUGAAUUUUCAUGUUGGCUCAAAGUUUAAGACUAUUUAAUUAUUUUAAGUUAAGUCUAUCCCCAAUGCUGUGUGAAUAUGUUACACUUGGAGGCUUCAGUGUAACCCAUUUAUGCCUAGCAUCUAGAAAAAAGGCCUUGGCAAACAGCGUAGACCCAGAUGAGAUGCCGCAUGAUGCGGCGUCUAGUCAGGGUCAGCGCUGUUUGCUUAAAGAAAUUUCUGUAAAAGAUCUUCUAAAUAUAGAAAUAAAUAAACCAGACAUCCCUAACUUUGGAAAUAAAUUGAUCCAAUUUAGAAGGAUGGGUGAGUCAACUAGGCAUAAAUGGGUUAAAACAGUUGAUCUUCAUCUGGUUUCUCUUGGAGAUUCUGGAGAUUCAAUAGUUCUGCGGUCAAUUUACAGCUUGCGUAGUUUGGUACCAACCUGCUUACUGGAACAUGAAUACGUGUAUACGGGUAGCGUGGUCGGCCACGUAAUGAACAACAUGUGAACUAACUUGACACUGGACUGAUGUAGGGCAUGUGAUUUCAACAGCCAGUGUAUCCAUGGUAUAUUACAUGGUAAACAAGAAUCAAAAUCUAACAUUUAGACCAGAACUAAUUAUAUGGGGUUUGAUUAAUUUCUUAAUUAUUUGUAUAUGUAUGUUAAUCAAAUGAAUAAUGUUGUUUCAGUCGGCUAUGUAUUUAUUUUAUACCAUUUAUUUGUGUUGAAAAACUUAACUGAAACAAAGUGCAAGAAUGGAACAUGUGAAGUGUUGUUUGUGGAUUAUGCAGUUAAUUAUGAAUAUUAAAAAUGAUGAUAAUGAAAUGUUUGUAUAGAUUGGAGAAAUAGUAAAAUAUCUGAUACCAUUCAGAGACAAAAUAAAAAUCAAUAAAAUC